UGCGUGCCUUGGAUUUACCUGUUUACUGUGUGAAUGGACGGCGGUAUCUAAAUACGGUGUAUCGAAUAGUUUUUGAUUUCGAUGAAACGGCGUGUUUCCGACAUCGUCGAUAACCCAGUGAAGCAACGAUGUACGUCAAGUCGAUGGUAAUAGACGGCUUCAAGUCGUACGGAAAGAGAGUCGAGGUAAACGGAUUUGACAAGGAAUUCAAUGCCAUCACCGGCCUCAACGGAAGCGGGAAAUCAAACGUGCUUGACGCGAUAUGCUUCGUACUGGGAAUCACAAAUCUCUCGCAGAUUCGAGCAACUUCGCUCCAAGAUUUGGUCUACAAGUCCGGACAGGCCGGAGUGACCAAAGCCAGCGUUACAAUAACGUUUGACAAUCGAGAUCGCAGUUCGUCGCCAAUGGGAUAUGAAGACUAUGAGGAGAUUACAGUCACCCGGCAGGUUCAGAUCGGUGGAAAAAACAAGUACAUGAUCAACGGAUCCACUGUGCAAAACAAGCGAGCCCACGAUAUGUUCUGCUCCGUUCAGCUGAAUGUUAACAAUCCACACUUCUUGAUUAUGCAAGGAAGAAUAACAAAGGUUUUGAACAUGAAGCCUGUAGAGAUUCUGUCAAUGAUUGAGGAGGCAGCUGGCACAAGCUUGUAUGAAAAUAAAAAGAACAUUGCUUUGAAAACUAUUGAGAAAAAGGACAGCAAGUUGAAGGAAAUUACAAGCGUCAUUAAAGAGGUGCUCGAGCCGAGACUGCGGAAAUUGAAGGAUCAGAAGUCGCAGUAUUUAGAAUUCCAGCGAGUCGAGAGGGAGCUGGAUCACUGUCACAGAAUUUAUAUUGCCUGGGAAUACGUAUCCACUUUGGAAAAGAUUACCAGCACUGCAGACCAAGUGAACAAGGUCCAAAGUGUCGUCCAGGCAAAGCAAAAGGCUAUUGACGACGGGGCACAGGAAAUCGUGGACAUCGAUCAGCGAAUGGAAGAAAUUCAUAGGGCUAGGGAUGCGGACAGGGGCAACAAGCUUGAGGAGAUCGAAAGCGAGCUGAAGAGCACCGAGAGCCAGGAGCAUAAGCUUUCGGCAGAGGCGAACAGCACCAAAGAGAGUAUCGAGGCAGAGACGAAGCUGGUUGGGCAGCUGAAGACGAACAUAAAGGACGACGAGGCAGCUCUGACGACAAAGGAAAAGGAGUUGGCAAAAGUCGGCGAACUAUUCAGGAGCUUGAAGGCACAGUGCGAGGAGGACUCGGCACUGUAUCAGGCGGCGCAAGAGCGAUACGAGAAAGUCAGCUCAGGGCUGCUGCUGAGUGAGGAUGGAGAAAACGCGACGCUGGAACAACAGCUAAUGAACGCAAAGCAGCAAGCGACCAAGGCGAAAACGGAGAUUAAACAAUGCCAAAUGACACUGAAGCACAGCAAGGAGCAGCUGGCGAAAAAACAGUCGGAGAUGGGCAGCACAGAGAUCCAGUACAAAAAGGACAGUAAAAAUCUCGAGGAAAUGGAAAAGGAACUGAAAAGCCUUCAAAGUGAGAUCGACAAGCUUGACUACAACGAGGCCUCCAGGGAGACGCUUCAAGAGGAAGUGAAGGUCCUCAGCAGGAACGUGGCGACGCUGCGCUCGCGGAGUGAUAAUUUUGAAGCACGUCACUCGCAGCUCAGGUUCCAAUACCAGGACCCAGAGCCGAAUUUCGAUCGAAACUCGGUCAAGGGGCUAGUCUGCAAACUGUUCACGGUAAAAGACUCGGCCGCUGCUACCGCCCUGGAAACCGCAGCCGGUGGCCGGCUAUUCAAUGUGGUUGUCGACACAGAGACGACGAGCAAAAAGUUGCUGCAGCGCGGGCAGCUUCAGCAACGAGUGACGAUCAUUCCUCUGAACAAGAUAAGCGGUCGUGCAAUGGACCCGAAGAUAGUGAAGCUCGCGGAGUCGGUCGGUGGUAAGGGAAACGUGCAAACAGCUUUGUCGCUGAUCGACUAUCCUCCGGAAGUCGCUAAAGCGAUGAACUGGAUAUUCGGUCAGAUAUUCGUGUGCAAGGACAUGGAGACCGCUCAGAAAGUAACCUUCCACGAACGCAUUAUGAAGAAGUGCGUCACCCUCGAAGGCGACGUCUUUGACCCUGCUGGAACGCUCAGCGGCGGCGCUAGUUCAAAAACUGGCUCGUUGUUGCUCCAGCUUGACGAGCUUAAAACUAUCCAGAAAAAUCUGAACGAGGACGAGAGAUCACUGGCUGAAAUUAACCGAAGGUUAACCAGCAGCGCCGAUGUCGCGAAGAAAUUCCAGGCCCUCAAGCAGCGGUUCGAUCUCAGGAAUCACGAGGUCGAAUUGGUCCGUCAGAGACUCCAGCAAACUUCGCAUCACAAAUUGCGACAGGAGGUCGAGAUGCUGAAGUCGACGAUAGAGGAGGCGACGCAAACGCUGGAGACGGCGAAGCGAGUCGAAGCGGAUAGCACAAAGCGGGCCAACGACAUCGAGGGGCAGUUGAAGGACGCGGUCAACAUCCGAGAACGCCAAUUGAAGGCGGUCGAGAUGGAGAUGAAGGAUAUGAAGCAGAAGUCGACCAAGAGCAGAGAGCAGUGGCAGAGGCGAGAGCAGGAAUCGGAAACGCUUAACUUGGAGAUAACUGAGCUGAGGAAAGCGAUUCAGACUGGGAAAGAACAGCUUGUUGCGGCCGAGGAGAAGCUAGCGAAGUUGAAGGAGGCGUCGGUGACGCGAGGCGAGAGUCUUGCCGAAAUCAGAGAACACGUUAAGGCGCUUCAGACCAAGAUAAAGAUGCAGAAAGAGGCGAUAAACCAGAAGAACAAAGAAAUCCAAAAGCUUUUGAACAGGAAAGAGGAAAUCGGCAAACAGAAAACCGACUUCGAGCUCGAGAUACAAAAAUUGAAUCACGAGAUAGCCGCAAUUCAGGGUACAGCCAGCGAGAGCGAAUCGAGGAUCAAAGCGCUGACGAGGAAGUACGAUUGGAUCGAGAAGGACAAGGCCUACUUUGGAACUGCGGGUGGCAUCUACGACUUCAACGCCGACUCGCCGACGGAAAUAGGUCGUAGGAUAUCACAGCUUCAAAAGGAGCACGACAAGCUGAGUAGAAACAUAAACACCAGAGCAAUGGAUUUGCUGAGCAGGGAAGAGGAGGAGUACAGCAAGCUGAUGAAGAAGAAACAGAUAGUGGAGAGCGACAAGAAAAAAAUACUUGAGGCCAUCAACGAACUCGACGAAAAGAAGAAGGAGAUAUUGGUCAAGGCAUGCAAACAGGUCAACAAGGACUUUGGUUCUAUAUUCAGCACGCUGUUGCCAGGUGCGGACGCGAAGCUGGAGCCGCCGGAAAACAAGACUUACCUCGAUGGACUCGAGGUGAAAAUCGGUUUUUCUGGUAUCUGGAAGGAAUCGCUGAGCGAGUUGUCGGGCGGUCAGAGGUCGCUGAUCGCCUUGUCGCUGAUCCUGGCGAUGCUGCUGUUCAAACCGGCGCCUCUCUACAUUCUGGACGAAGUCGACGCUGCGUUAGAUUUAUCCCACACCCAGAAUAUCGGCAGCAUGCUCAAGCGGCAUUUCACUCAGUCACAGUUCAUAAUCGUCUCGUUGAAGGACGGCAUGUUCAACAACGCGAAUGUCCUUUUCAGGACGAAAUUCAUCGACGGUUUUUCAGCCGUCGUAAGAACUGCGAGCACUUCCGCGGCCCGCAAGAACUAGGAGAUAUCCGGUUCGUGGCUCGAGGUAGUAAUUUCGUUUCCAUUUGCCCGCAUUUUGCUAAUAUUGACUAUUCAUUAGCUUUUCUUUCAACUUAUAAAAUUAUCCAUCGAUUAUUUUUUAAGC